UUCAGAUCCAAAUCGCCAACGCGCACUGGAAAAGCUGCCCCUUGUUGCAUAUUACUCAUCUUCUUCGACAUCUCUGAUCCAAGGUGGUGCGUCCGAUCAUCUGUUUGGGCUUGCAAAGAUGCCUCUGAGGCUUGAAAUCAAGCGGAAAUUCGCUCAAAGAUCAGAAAGAGUCAAAUCUGUUGAUCUCCAUCCAACUGAGCCAUGGAUCCUGGCAAGUUUGUAUUCCGGAACUGUGUGCAUAUGGAAUUAUCAGACACAGACGAUGGUUAAAUCUUUCGACGUCACUGAAUUGCCGGUUCGGUCUGCUAAGUUCAUUGUACGGAAGCAGUGGGUUGUAGCUGGAGCUGAUGACAUGUUUAUUCGUGUCUACAACUACAACACUAUGGAUAAGAUCAAAGUAUUUGAGGCUCAUGCUGAUUACAUUAGGUGCGUUGCUGUUCAUCCUACCCUUCCCUAUGUGUUAUCAUCAUCUGAUGAUAUGCUCAUCAAGCUCUGGGACUGGGAAAAGGGUUGGCUUUGCACUCAGAUUUUCGAAGGGCAUUCCCAUUAUGUUAUGCAAGUGACUUUCAAUCCAAAAGACACCAAUACUUUUGCUAGUGCAUCCCUUGACCGUACCAUCAAAAUAUGGAAUCUUGGUUCUCCAGAUCCAAAUUUUACUUUGGAUGCACAUAUGAAAGGCGUUAACUGUGUAGACUACUUUACUGGUGGGGAUAAACCAUACCUAAUCACUGGUUCUGAUGAUCAUACUGCUAAGGUGUGGGAUUACCAAACGAAGAGUUGCGUUCAGACACUUGAAGGUCAUACACACAAUGUUUCUGCAGUAUCUUUCCAUCCAGAGCUCCCAAUUAUUAUUACAGGAUCUGAGGAUGGAACUGUUCGCAUAUGGCAUGCCACCACUUACAGGCUUGAGAAUACUUUGAAUUAUGGCCUUGAGAGGGUUUGGGCUAUUGGACACAUUAAAGGUUCACGCCGGGUUGUAAUUGGUUAUGAUGAAGGAUCCAUAAUGGUGAAACUUGGCCGUGAAAUACCAGUGGCUAGUAUGGAUACCAGCGGGAAAAUUAUAUGGGCUAAACACAAUGAGAUACAUACUGUAAACAUCAAGAGCGUAGCCGCAGAUGAGGUCACUGAUGGUGAGAGACUUCCUUUAGCUGUUAAAGAGCUAGGGACCUGCGAUCUAUAUCCUCAAAGCUUGAAGCACAACCCUAAUGGUAGGUUUGUGGUUGUUUGUGGAGAUGGUGAGUAUAUCAUCUACACUGCCUUGGCGUGGCGAAAUAGGUCAUUUGGCUCUGCGCUGGAAUUUGUUUGGUCAUCUGAUGGGGAGCAUGCUGUCAGGGAAAGCUCAACAAAGAUCAAGAUCUUCAGCAAGAAUUUUCAGGAAAAGAAGACUGUGAGACCUACUUUCUCAGCAGAGCGCAUUUUUGGUGGGACGUUAUUGGCAAUGUGCUCAAGUGAUUUUACCUGCUUCUAUGAUUGGGCAGAAUGUCGGUUGAUUAGGCGAAUAGAUGUUACUGUCAAAAAUCUGUAUUGGGCAGACAGUGGUGAUCUCGUUGCAAUUGCCAGUGAUUCAUCAUUCUACAUCCUUAAGUUCAAUCGCGACAUUGUUUCCUCUUGUUUUGAUGGCGGUAAACAAAUUGAUGAGGAAGGCAUUGAAGACGCAUUUGAGCUUCUCAAUGAAACCAAUGAGCGUGUUCGGACUGGCUUAUGGGUUGGAGAUUGUUUUAUCUAUACCAAUUCUUCUUGGAGGCUUAACUACUGUGUUGGUGGUGAGGUAACAACAAUGUACCAUCUGGACCGUCCUAUGUACUUGUUGGGCUAUCUCGCUAAUCAAAGCCGGGUUUAUUUGGUUGACAAAGAGUUCAACGUCAUUGGUUACACUUUACUUUUAAGUUUGAUCGAGUACAAGACACUUGUGAUGCGUGGAGAUUUGGAACAGGCUAAUGAAAUCUUACCUUCAAUUCCUAAGGAGCAUCAUAAUAGCGUGGCACACUUUUUGGAAUCACGUGGUAUGAUAGAAGAUGCUCUAGAAGUAGCUACUGACCCUGAUUACAGAUUUGAGUUGGCGAUACAGCUCGGUAGAUUGGCAGUCGCAAAGGACAUUGCUGUAGAGGCACAAAAUGAGUCUAAAUGGAAGCAACUUGGAGAAUUAGCUAUGUCCACUGGGAAGUUGGGUAUGGCUGAGGAAUGCAUGAGGCAUGCAAUGGAUUUGAGUGGUCUGUUGCUGCUUUAUUCUUCAUUGGGAGAUGCAGAUGGAUUGAUGAAGCUGGCAGCACUUGCUAAAGAGCAAGGAAAGAACAAUGUUGCUUUUCUUUGCUUGUUCAUGUUGGGUCAAGUAGAAGACUGCCUGCAUCUGUUGGUGAAAAGUAAUCGGAUACCUGAAGCCGCUAUGAUGGCACGAUCAUACCUUCCAAGCAAUGUCUCCGAAAUAGUUUCAUUGUGGAGAAACGAUUUGACCAAGAUUAGUCCAAAGGCUGCUGAAUCUCUGGCUGAUCCUGAAGAGUAUCCUAAUCUUUUUGAGGACUGGCAAGUCGCCCUGUCCCUUGAAAGUAGAGCUGCAGAGACUAGGGGCGUCCAUCCUCCUGCUGGGCAUUACUGUAAUUUUGCAGACAGAGAUCGUACAACUUUGGUGGAAGCUUUUAGAAUUAUGCAAAUAGAGGAAGAGGGGCGACUAGAACAAGGGGAUGUUCUCAACGAGGUUGAGGAAGAGGGGGAAGAGGAGGAGGGUCAUCAGGAAGAGAGUAGUGAUGGGAUGCAACAGAAUGUGGAAGAAGAGGCUGUGGUGAUAGACACUGACUCUACGGAUGGGGCUGUGCUAGUUAAUGGGAACGAGUCUGAAGAACAGUGGGUUCUAACACCACCACAGGAGUAGGGUUGGCGAAAACAUACGUAUAUUUUUGGCUUUGAAACUUGAUACAUUCAACAGAGAAAUGAGGGAAGAGAGAGAGAGAGAGAUUAGUUGGCAUUGUUGAAACUGAUCUGUUAUCUGCUUCCGCUUUGUACUUUAAAUACAGCUAUAUAUAAAACAAGAUGGUAAUAUGGGUUUUGGGACUCUCUUAUAUUAUUAUUAUUACGCCUUAACUGA